AUGUUGAACUUUGCUACCAUUGAUAUUUAUACUCCUAUUGUUCUGGAAAUUCAUGAUAUGCCAAAAUUUUACUUUGAACUCACAAUAGCAAAAAUUCUGGACCGAAAUAUUCGAUUACAGCAAUACUAUAAGUUCAACUCAGUUAUUCGGUAUGAUUGUCAACAAUCGUCUGGUUAUUAUCGUAGCAGUAGCAUUCAUGAAAAACGAAAAAAGCGAUGUCUACAACACCUGGGAUUCCCAGGCCGUCUCCGAUCCAAGUACUAA